GGGAUAGAAUUGUCAGCAUUUCCCGUUUGUGGAAUGCAGUUUAUGGCUGAGACUAUCCGAUCAAGUAGUGUAACAAACAUAAAAAGAUAUGUUUGCCAUUUAGCUAUUGGCGAAGCUGCAGUUUUGUUAAAGUGAAGAAUCGAUUAUAAUUGAACUGAAGAGAUGGCCGGCUUCAGCGGUGUUAUGAAACUACGGGUCAUAGAGGCCUUGGAAUUGGAUUUGAAGCACAUCCGCUCGCAGUUCGGCAAGGGAAAACUCGCCUCAAUUGAUCCUUUCCUUCAGGUUAACGUUGACGAUGAAAAUAUUGCAAGGACUGCAGCCAAGUCAAGGACACUAUCCCCUUUCUGGAAUGAAGAGUUUACAGCGACACUUCAUAACGCAAAGUGCUUGAGUUUGACAGUGUUUCAUAGUGCGGUAGUAGGGCCUGACCCAUUCGUUGCAAACAUAAGCGUGCCAUUGCAAGAAAUUAUUCGACAUCAAGAAGGCCAACCGGAUUUGUGGAUUCUUCUUGAGCCUGCGGGCAAAAUUCACGUGUUUAUUGAACUAAAAUCUGGACACCAAGGUGAUCCAGAGAAGAAACCAUUUAACCCUUCAAGUAGUUAUUUUGGUCGCAAGGCGAAAAGACGGAAUGCUGUCCGGAGAAGAGUACACCAAGUCAAUGGGCACAAAUUUAUGGCAACUUACUUACGACAGCCUACCUUCUGUUCCCAAUGUUCCGAUUUCAUCUAUGGGUUAGUCAACAAACAAGGCUACCAGUGCCAAGUUUGCUCCUGUGUUGUUCACAAGCGUUGUCAUAAAGAUGUUGUCAUUCAGUGCUCCGGAGCAAAGCAAGAGAAAAACGCUGCCAUCCCUUCAGGAUUUUCUAUCGAUGUUCCACAUAAGUUCGCCGUCUACAAUUACCUCAGACCAACUUUUUGUGAGCACUGUGGCUCGCUUCUGUAUGGACUCAUGAGGCAAGGCAUGAAAUGCUCUUCAUGUGAAAUGAACGUUCAUAAACGAUGUCAUCAUCUUGUUCCAAACAACUGUGGUGUCGAUUUAGCCAAAAUGGCGAAACACUUGGCAGAACUAGGCCUCUCGGGUGACAAGCUCAACCGUGAAAACAGCAACAUAAUAUCAGUAAUUAGUCCGGGAUCUAAAGGUGGCAAAGACAGAAAAGUCAGUACCGAGUCGGCACCUGGCAAUCUUCAGCGACACAGAAAUGGACUAGAUAUCUCAUAUCAAGGAGACAGAGAGAUCAAAGUAUCGGAAAAUCAGCUGUCUAUGUCGCCAGGAGAGAAACGAAAGCAGAUGUUAAUUGAACAGUCAAAACUCGGCCUAAGUUCAUUUAAGUUUCUUAAAGUUAUUGGGAAAGGAAGUUUCGGCAAGGUAAUGUUAGCUGAAAGGAGAGGCACUAGCGAACAUUAUGCAAUAAAAGUUUUAAAAAAAGAAGCGAUUAUUCAAGACGACGACAUGGAUUGUGUCCUAACAGAGAAACGAGUCCUUGCACUUGCGGGGGAGCACCCAUACCUUACUUCACUGCACUCAUGUUUUCAAACGGCGGACCGACUGUUUUUCGUCAUGGAGUACGUAAAUGGGGGUGACUUAAUGUUCCAGAUUCAAAAAGCAAACAAAUUCGACGAGACCAGAUCAAGGUUUUAUGGUGCGGAAAUUACACUUGGUCUGCAAUUCCUUCAUCGCAAGGGUAUUAUUUAUAGAGAUUUAAAACUCGACAACGUGUUACUGGAUCACGAAGGUCACGUGAAAUUAGCUGAUUUUGGAAUGUGCAAGGAUGGUAUGCAAGAGAACGGCAAAACGGGAACCUUUUGUGGCACACCGGAUUAUAUCGCUCCAGAGAUUCUUCGCGAGGAACCAUACGGAUCCUCGGUCGACUGGUGGGCACUUGGAGUUUUAAUGUAUGAAAUGAUGGCAGGAUUGCCUCCAUUUCAAGCAGACAAUGAAGACGACAUGUUUGAGAUUAUUUUACACGAAGAGGUUGAUUACCCUGCAUGGCUUUCAAAGGAGGCUGUCUCCAUUUUAAAAGGAUUGAUGACCAAGAACCCAGACAGACGUCUUGGCUGCGUACCUGGAAUUGGCGAAGUGGCGAUUAAUAAGCAUCCGUUUUUUGCAUACGUUGACUGGCGGAAGUUAGAAGCGCGACAAGUCAGACCCCCAUUUCAACCCCAGAUUAAAUCAAGCACUGAUGUCGAUAACUUUGAUAAGGAUUUCACUAGAGAAGAACCAAAGUUGACGCCUACUGAUAAAAGUGUCAUUAAAUCUAUCUCCCAAGAAGAGUUCAAAAAUUUCUCAUAUGAAAAUCCCAAUUUUGUUUAAUAUCUUUAAUUAUUGUAUUUGACAGAUGUACAUAAAAUCUUAUUGGAAUAAAAUGGUUUUAGGUGUAGCUGUUAAUAAUCUUAUUCUUUAUUAAACGUAGUAUUUUUGAUUAGCCAGAAUAGUCAUAAUUUGAAACCAACUCAACCUUUCUUCUGGAUUCUUGUAGAAUAUUUUCUUAGCGUAUUCGCAUUUUCCCUUUUUUUAACGUAAAUAGCCAUCUUAACCUUGAUAUCCUAUUUGAGAGAUAUUUUCAGUUUGUCCACCUGUUUCAUCUUGUUGUCUUUGUGAGGCCCCUAAACAUUUCCUGAACCCCUCCAUUAAUUGACCCUCGCUCCCGUGUUUUAUUAGAAAAGCUACUUGAACACCACGGAGCGAAUUUCACUGUCGCUUUUAUGAUAAGCAAGUUUUUUAUUUGAAGAUUAGUAAAGCUUUGAUCGGCAUCAAGCUACCUGAUUUUUAUCAUUGCAUUUCUUCUUCAUCUUUCCUCAUCCAGCUUCGUUUACGCGUCAUGUUUUCACACAAGUAGGAAUUGUUUGUGUCAUUUUGGCCUCCACAGACUUGAGGUGAAAUAGGUUAUAUGGUCUUACCUUUAUAAGGAUUCACAGGAUCCUUGACACUAACAAAGUAUCUUUUCGUUUACUCUUACAUGAUCAUAGAUCGACUUCUUUUAUUCUUGUGUUAAUUUCUCUCCGUUAUAGCGAACCAUUCCUUAACGCCAAUUUUAUUUACAAAGAUUGCGAUUAAAUUGCUCCUUUAUAUCUGCAAAUAACUUAAAAACAUCCGAUGCUGAGCUUACCAGGGGACAAGGCCAGCCCAGUCAGGGCUUUGGCCAACAACUGUGUCAAUUGAUUUCAUGAAUUUCGUCACCGAAAUAAAAUUGCAAAAUCCGACAGCCCCUCAGUGCCAGAUUGAUAGGCUUCCUUUCAAGCGAGACUAUCGAAGUCAAUUCUUAUGUUUAGUUUGUCAUACGACAUUGAAUAGACUGGCAGUUAAACAUUUGGAAGAUUGAACCUUAAGUUUGAUCUACCAUUUUGUUGCUGAUUAUAGGAAAUGCAAGGCACGAAGGUCCUAGUCGAAGAGGGGCGGUCUCGUAAAAACCUUUACAAUUAGGCAUCAGAUGAUAAUAUUAGCAAAACAUUUAUGUUUUCAACAGAUUUCUACUGUUUUUUUCCGACCAUAUCUUCUUUAGCUAAACAGAUAUAGACAGAGUAACUAAAUUACAAUGUAAUUGUCUAUGUUUACCAUAACAAGCUGUUAUUGAAAAUUCUUCCUAAAGGUAGUAUGAAGUAGUCUGAACUCAUAUUUUAUAAGCUAGUAACGAUUAUGCUGCCUGUCAACGAACAUGUCUGUAUCAACCAGUUUUAAAGUUAGAUCUUUUUUAUUCUACCUAGUAGUCUAGUUGUAACCAAUGUAAUCAGUUGUUAUUGCUACUAGCAUUGUUCAGUUGUAGUUAAGGACUUGGUUCACCUGUCUUUCAUUGCAAAGAUAUCUUCUUUGA